AGCAUUAAGAAGUUUUCAUAUGUUAAAAUAUCUAGAAACGACCAGAAAAAUGGAAAACUAUGGAAGUAGGAGCGAUAAUAAUUAGUCCCACAAGAGAACUGGCUACACAGAUUAGUGAAAUUUUGGAAAAAUUCUUAGAAAGAAUUCCAUCAUUGAAGCAAAUAUUGUUAGUUGGAGGUGUGACACUUAAGGAAGAUGCAGAAAAUUUGAAGAUGGGAGUGAACAUUAUCGUUGCCACACCUGGCAGAUUACAAGACAUUUUAUCCAAUUAUAGUUCCAUAAAUUUGAGUUUGUGUAUAAAAUCUUUGGAGUUUCUUAUUUUAGAUGAAGCAGAUAGAUUGCUAGACUUAGGAUUCUCUGCAACUUUAGACAGCAUUUUAAACUAUUUGCCACGUCUUAGAAGAACAGGAUUAUUUUCUGCAACACAGACGAAAGAAUUGCAACAAUUAAUUAGGGCAGGUCUGAGAAAUCCAGCAUUGAUAGUUGUGAAAGAGAAAUCUAAUGUUUCAACGCCUGUAAAUUUGAACAACAGUUACACAAUUGUUCAACCUGAACACAAAUUAUCAGUAAUGAUAGAUUUUAUACGUUCAAUAGGAUUUAAAACAAAAUAUAUGAUAUUUUUAUCUACCUGUGUGUGUGUGGAUUACUUCAGUCAGGUUAUACAAGUAUUAUUACCAUCAAUAAAUGUGCUAGCUUUACAUGGUAAAAUGAAAAGCAAGAGAUAUAAAGUGUUUGAUCAAUUUCGACAUGCUGAAAAUGGCAUUUUAAUAUGUACAGAUGUAAUGGCUCGUGGAAUUGAUAUAUCUGAGAUAAACUGGGUGUUACAAUAUGAUUCUCCAUCUAUUGCCAGUAGUUUUGUACAUAGAUGUGGUAGAACUGCUAGGAUCGGGAAUGAAGGAAAUGCAUUGCUAUUUCUUUUAGAAACAGAAGAUGCAUAUGUAGACUUUGUUAAAAGAAAUCAGAAAGUAGAACUGCAACAAAUAAAAACAAAACCAAAUGAGAAUACUAUUGAAGAAUGCUUGCAAUGUAUGAGGCACCUGCAACCAAAAGAUCGACUUAUGUUUGAUAAAGCAAACCGCGCAUUCGUUUCAUACGUACAAUCUUAUAAUAAACAUGAAUGCAAUUUAAUUUUUCAAUUAAAAGAUAUCGAUAUAGGAAAGCUGGCGAUGGGUUUUGGACUGUUGAGAAUGCCAAAAAUGCCCGAGCUUAAAGGAAAAGAUGUGUCGUUUUUUGUUAGCCCUGAAAUCGAUAUAAACGCGAUACCUUAUGCGAACAAACAACGCGAAUUACACAGAAUAGAGAAAUUGACUGAGUAUCAAAAUUCAGGCGUUUGGUCAACUAAUCAUAGACGUAAACAGAAACAAACUGAAUCCUGGUCAGAAAGCAAGAAGAGAAAGCUCGAGAGGCAAGAGAAACGAAGUAAGCGAAAGGAAAAAAAGAAAUUGAAACAGGGGCUUUCAACAACUUCCAAUAAAAAAAAAAGGAAACAUAUUAAGGAAGAGGAUCUCGAGGAAUUGGCAAAAGAUAUAGCAUUAAUUAAAAAAUUCAAGAAGAAGAAGAUCUCGCAAGAAGAGUUUGAUGCAGCGUUUGGAAUCUAAAAAAUGUUAAUUAUGAAUACAUAAGAUACAUGUGCAACAUCCGUUCUCAAGUUUUCGCUUUCUUGAUAUUUUUUCAUUGUAUAUAUUUUCUCAAAAUAUACUACAAGCUAAAUUGGUAACGUAAACG